AUGAUUCUACACAUGCCCAUCUUCUACAAUUGGCUCGCCUGGUACAAGAAGCACCAUGCCCCUCAGGGUCACGGUUGCAGUCUGGGCAUUGCCUUCAGCGAAUGCCAAGUUUGUCAACUGGCCAAUAUCUCUCAGUCCUACUGGACAGGUAGUUCUAAAACUUGGAUACCGACCUUUGGGAUCCUCACAGAAUCGCUCUUGCUCGGUUGGAAACCAGCUGGCGUUGAUUCGGAACAAGACCCGGCAGAAUAUUUUGAUGUGCUUUACAACGCGAUCAAAGAGAGCACCAAGCCUAUGAUGAGAGGGGACUUGGAAGAUAUGUUUGAGGUCGAAAUCGUCAUGGCGACGAGAUGCGCUGGGAAGAACCCUUGUGAACCCAAAUACAUUUCAAACCGCCAACGAUUCCUGAUGAUCAGCCUAUCCGGAGAGGAGGGCGAUACACUGCCCGAGAAGCCUACUUUGAGCGAUAUGAUCGAACGGCACUUUGACCAUGAGGACGAUUUCGGGGCCUGUGAGCAGUGUGGAGGCAAAAAGACAUCCAGAGACCAAAUUGGAAGUUUCCCUGAGCUUCUCUUGGUCCAGCUCAACCGCACUGAUCAGUGGGGCAAGAAGAUCGAUACUCACGUAUAUCUGAGCGAGCAGUUGGAUAUUGAGACACGGUUCAUCGACGAACGCUGGGGCAACGAACGGAAAGUCGUCCAGUAUAAAUUGACCUCGGUGGUCUUGCAUCAUGGCCAGGAUGUAACACGAGGUCAUUACAGCAUUGGUGUCAAAGGUAAAGGAGAUACAUGGAGCAAGGCAAAUGAUGCUCUAGUCAUGAACUGGGACCCUGAAGGACCUGGAGGCAACCCGACCCAUCUCGCCACCGGUUACCUCUUUACAUACCGCCGGUUACCCACAAACGACCCAGUGGUAGAGACGGCCGCUGGGAAGAAUCCCGGGGGUCGAUGCCAUGGAAAUCGACUCCGGCCCAGGGUGGAACGACGGCGAUCAUCGGUGCCUGGGUCUGUCCCAGGAUCAGGCGCCAAUCUCUGGGGAAAUGACCCCAAGGCACUAGGGAAGUUACUGGAUGUGAUGAUUCCCAAGGUUGUCGAUAGCUAUAUAGCUCGCACAGCGGAUUCGAGGCGCAAGGAGUGGGAGAAUUGGGCGGAUGAAUGGGAGAAGAAGAGGGAAUCAAUCAAAGGAGCACAGACUUCUGCCAUUGAUUCUGGCAUUGGUCCUGCUAUUUAUUCUGGUGUUGAUUCGGCUAUCGAUUCUGCUAUUGAUUCUGAUAUUGGCACCAGUUCCAAUGAGGCUAUAGUCGACUGGAUCAAACAACGAGGACGACUUGAGAUUACUUUGACUGGAGAUGGAGGAAAGGGAUCAAAGCUGUUGGAUCUCGAAGUUCAAGGGUUGCACUACAAUCGACUGAAGAGGAAGAAGGGAGGGAAGGACAAAGAAGAGGAAAAAGAUUCGUCAUAUAGUAAAUUUAAGAGAAAGGUGCUGGGCAAAGCGAAGGAUUUUGAAAAGGGAGACAAGGGGAAGGCAAAGGGGAAGGCAAAGGGGAAGGGGAAGAAGUAG